UUGCAAGCUGAAUUUGUUAUAUUUUGUGUUGCUUUCACAGUGGCAAAAGUUGGCAGGCUCUCCACCAAGGAUGCUGUACUCUUCCUGUGUGACAUGCAGGAGAAGUUCAGACCCAACAUCUUCCAGUUUCCCAACAUUGUCAGCAACGCGGCCCGGCUUCUCCAGGCUAGUCGGGUCCUGGGCAUCCCCCCCAUUCUGACAGAACAGUACCCUAAAGGUUUAGGACCCACUGUACCGGAGCUGGGGGCCGAGGACCUGAAGGCAUAUCCCAAGACCUCCUUCACCAUGAUUAUCGAGGAGGUGGAGAAAGAGCUGCAGGCCCUGGGGAAUCGCAAACAAGCUAUUCUGUGUGGAAUUGAGGCCCACGCUUGUAUCGCAUGUACAACAUUCGAUCUGCUUGAGAAGGGAAUAGAGGUCCACAUUGUGGCUGACGCCGUCUCAUCCAGAAGCCAGACGGACCGGCUGUUUGCUCUGUCCCGACUGAAGCAGAGUGGAGCUUUCCUGACCACAACAGAGGCCGUCCUGCUGCAGCUGGUUCAAGACGCCAGGCACCCCAACUUCAAGGAGGUGCUUACUAUCCAGAAGCUCAUGCUCCACCCGUCCCCUGACACCGGCCUCCUCUCCUACUUCAGUGCCCUGUAG